AUGAGCGCAACUUCCACACGCUCCUCUCUGCCGCGCCACUGCUUCUUCUUCUUAUUCUCGCUUCAUUGGAAAGGCAAACGCCGGGAGGCUUCUGUCAGAGCCAGACCCGGGAUGGGCUCUCUGGCGGCCCUGCAAACGGUCCUGGUCCUGGGCCUGGUGACCGGACUGGCGGGAUGCGCCCCCGGCUUGAACGGCACGGCGGACCGCUGGGAGGCACUCUACUCCCGGUCCCUGGCGCGGAUCCCGGGGGAGAAGCGGGACGUGAUCAACCGGGACGGCGACUAUCUGCUGGGCAUUAAAAGGUUGCGGCGCCUCUAUUGCAACGUGGGGAUCGGCUUUCAUAUUCAGGUGUUACCGGAUGGUAGAAUAACGGGAGUACACAACGAAAACCGUCACAGUCUUCUGCAGAUCUCUCCGGUGGAGAGAGGAGUAGUGACUCUGCUGGGCCUUCGCAGCAGACUCUUUGUGGCCAUGAACCAGCGGGGAAAGCUGUACGGAUCUUUCCACUACAACAACGAGUGUAAGUUCAAAGAGAAGCUCCUCGCCAACAACUACAACUCCUACGAGUCGAUGGCCUACCCGAGGAUGUUCAUCGGCCUGAGUAAGAACGGCAAAACAAAAAGAGGAAACCGAGUGUCACCCGCCAUGACGGUGACACAUUUCUUGCCAAGAAUCUAGUGGCCUCAUAAAUAGACUUCACCUCAAUACGGAGACAGAGGGAGGGGGGGGGACUCCAAACCAUGAUGCACUUUUACUCCAAGCUUUAUGCAAGUGUAUUAUAUUUGAUCUUUUGCUUUGUAUAUAUUCAGUUUUUAUUUAUUUAUGUUAAACAACAGUUUUGUAUUUUUUUAGGAGGGGAUGUCUUUUCACUGAAGGGAGUAAGAGGGGAUCAAAGAUGGUAAACACGUUAUUUAUGUUUUCAUUUUCUAAUUUAUCAGAUAUUUGCUGCUACUGAAUGAAAUCCUGUCUUCAGAUGUUGGUUUUCUUUGGACUGAUGGGAAAAUACGCAACAGUGGAGACGUUUGGACGUUUAUGGCUAUACUAUGUUUUUUUAUGAUUUCCAACAGAACACAACCUUUUUGAGUCUUAUACUAAAAAAAUGAGGAGCAAGAGUCUUUGGUGUCAGAAGUGGCACUGAUUGCCAAAUCCUCCAACUCCUUUGUGUGGCAC